AUGGAGAGCGUGUCGCUUAUCCAACUUAUGUUGCAGGAAGAAGGCGCUUUCUUCCACCCUUCCAUCGGCGUACUGCCAAUCCACCAAAUGGGUGGUGGACACGGCGUUAUUGCCACGGAAAAUUUGCCGUCGAACACAGUGAUAGUAAAGAUUCCAGAGUCAUCUAUGAUUACCGCCCAGAAGGCUCGAAAUCAUCUUAAUUUUUGGAUUUCUCAGCAGAAGCAAGAGCGUCUCGGUUGGACCCCCUUCGAUGGGAGGUCGAGAAGGGAGACAUCUGUGGAUAUCCUAGGGGAUUUAGACCAAAUGUUAUCACCAGGCUCCAUGAUUAUCUUCUCUUUGCUCGUUGCCGCAGGGCAAUGUGGUCGGUUUAGUAACAAUGCUUUCCAUAAAAAAGCUGGUAGUGCCUCUGAAGUUAUGUUUACCGUGUCCACUGGAGGCGGAAAUGCAGAUUUAGGGCCAUUUUUCAUACACCGUUGGAUGAGAACGUGGCUAUUGUCCCUACCAACCAAGUACGAUAACCUCCUUGAGUUGUUGGAACACACGCACCUGGACAGUACUUGUGUGGGCGUCGCAAGGUCACAUGACUGUGAAGGGGGUGGUGCGUGUCUUCGUAACUUUCUGUGUUUUGAGAGGCACAGAAGAAAGGUGCUGGAAGAACGGAUGCAGCUAGAAAAAGAGUUCAAUAUCGUGAUGUCAAUUCUUUCGCUGCAUCUUCCCUUGGUGCAACCUUCUGGUGGCUGCACGAUGUCGUGUGCAACACCGUUUACAAUGCAACAGUUUAUUUGGGCUUAUAACACCCUCAUGAGCCGUGGGUUUUCUUACGAUCCUGAGGUUUGGGCUGUCAUUCCAUGGGUCGAUUAUUUCAAUCAUUCACUAACAAAUAAUGCCACUAUGAGAUUUGACAGAUGUAUGGGCGCGUACAUAUUUGUGACGACAGCUCCUGUAUCGAAGGGAGAUCAGGUAUUUCUGCAAUAUGGUUCGUACACAGAUGCGGAGCUUGUUCUGUGGUACGGUUUCAUCACGACUCCUUCACUUUUACCAAAAUUUUCGAGUAAUGAUGAUAUACGAAGUCGCAUGAGCUUGCUCCGAAAGGUUCUUUUGGAGCAUCUACGACACGAGGAGGUGGGAAAUUUGGGCUCUGAACGCGACGCAUGGCUGUCGAGUCUGAAUACUGCACUCGGUCAUUGUUUUUCACCUUGGGCUAAAGCGGAUGGCUCUUAUCCACCUUCAAAGAAAGGCGCGUCGUGGCUUGAGUCCUUGUUUACCUCGUAUAAGGAUGCGGUUGCGGGGCACAAAGCUUUUGAUGUAUCUGGCAACGUACAUACGGCAGUGAAGGCGGCCGAUGAAUUAUGUAGGGUCCUUACCCGAGGAACCGUAGUUUGGGACCACCGGCGCCUAACCGAACCCGGAUGCACUGUUGGUGUUUGGGCCCCGUCCAACUCAAUGCUGUCGUUACUGAAAUAUGUAAGUCGAGUAUGUCGGAAGUUUAGCCCAGACACUUGUCUUGUUCCUACCGCUGUGUUGAGGGCUAUUUGUUGGGCAGAGCUUGUUUGUAACGGCAUCGUAGGCGAAUUUGACUGUCCAGUGGAUGCGUUACUAUGCCCUUUCGGACCGAAGAAUGAAAUGGUACCCCUCUCUGAAGGGCACGUAGGCAACAUGGCCCGACAAGUUUCUGUGGAUGCGGCCUAUCUGUUGUACUUUCUGGCGGUGGAAGCAACCGAAGAUGAGUUGCGUGUUUAUUUCCUACAUGACUGCGUUUAG